AAAAUGAAUGUGGAGAAAGUAGAGGAAAAAAUCUUGCAGACACCUUUAAUCAUCAGAGAUGAAAAUGGCAACAGAUGUGUGAGUAACACCAUUGGAUCUUUGAAUGGAAGCACUGUUAGUCAUCCUCACCAAGGAGUAGAACAUGAAGGCUGUAAACUAUUUAAAGAUACAGCCGGGUUCAAAACUGUUGCUUCAGGUCCAUGCAUUGAAGAGCAAGACUUGCAAAAAGCUGCCAGUGAUUAUAUUUGUAUGGGGACUUCAGCCCUGAAGGCCACACAUUACUCUUCUUCAAAGGAACAGUUUUACAUGGAUGCCAUGAAUCAGACUUUCCUGGAGUCAGAGAGUUGUGGCACAGAAAGCCUUGCAAAGGAACCUUUUCAGAAUUGUAGUACUGGGAAAUCAACAUCUUAUUGCCAGACAGAUCUCAUGAAUUUAGUGCCCCUGGCCUCUAAGGAAAAGAGCACUAUUGAAAUCCAAUAUGCAUUAGGAAGUGCCCAAAUAGAACAGGAAGAUGCUAAUACAAAUAAAUCUUUAAUUACAAUGAUAAAUUUGGGGGAUGCAAUAAGUAAAUGUUAUGAGGUGGCAGGUAUUCCUGUCUCUCCUGGGGAAUUAGGUGAAACUUUCACCUGUGGAUACCAUUCUGACUCUCCUAAUCUAGAAGUUUUCAUCAAUCAAAAUGCACCAGAUAAGUGUGUGCAAUCUAUUCCCCUUUCAAUGGCAGGAGAUGAGGUCACCAAUUAUAUUGAUUUAGUUUCGCAGAAUAGUGAACAGUCUGAAAAGCAAGGACAGCAGGAUGCUGGUUCUUACAGUAAGCAAUUAUCAGAACCAGAACAGUUCAAUAUAUGCAAAGACAAACAUAGGAAAUAUAUGCAUAGCACUCCUGAACAAGAUGAAAAUAAAUGGCCGGCUGGGGCUAGUAUAGAUGAUGGCAUAAAUGGUGUUUGCUGUUUAGCCAUUGAAAGCUUUGAUGAGCAUUCUGAACAGGAACUUUGUGAAGAUGAAGUGCAUAUGACCAAAGUCCAGAAUUUUUUUAAAGAAAAUGAGGCUUUUCUGAAGGGACCUAGUGAAAUAUCUGAGCAAAUACAAAAUGAUACACCAAAGCCAGAAAGAGUUGCUCUGUCUGAGCACAACUGCCAAGCAACUUUUGUUGUUUAUAGCUCACCAGCCAAUGAACAUACUUUGACUUCUCCUCCUACUGUGGGGUCAAAAAAUGCAACUUUUGCUGUAGUUUCCAUGCCAGAUGAACCUGGUGAUGGUUCUAAACCUGGAAAGAAUACUCCCUUGGUAAAAGAUAACCCCAGGAGCCUUUCACUUAAAAAUAAUUCUGAACAAAUUAUAGUAAAAUCAACAAAGAGAUCUCCUCUUACAGCUACUAUAACUAAAGCCAGGAAAGCAGAAAUUGUGAGCUUUCCAAAACCAAAUUUUAAAAACAUUAAGCCAAAAGUUGUCUCCAGGUCUGUAUCACAAUCUAAGGACAGUGUUGUUCUAAAAAUAAGUCCAAGAUCUCCUCAACUAUCUAAUGCUUCCUCCUCCUCCUUGUCUUCCUCGCCAAAGCAACCAUAUUUGUUUGCAGCAUUGAGGAAAAAAAAGGACUUGGAUAAAGGUACCAAAGUAGAAACACCGAUGAAUAAGACUCAUAAGCAACAUUUUAAUAAACAGCUUCCUAGCCAAGGUGUGCAUGCUCCAACUUAUUCUGAAAAUAUUUCUCAGAAGAUUCCAAAACCAGUGUUAAAGCAGAAUGUGGAUCAGGCUGAGAGAUCAAAGCAUCUUACUCCAGAAUGCUUCCCUAUGGCUCUAACGAGCUCCCAGAAUUAUGGUGGGCCACCAAGUGAUGGGAUGGAUAAUGCAGAAACUUUGAUUCAGCCUUGGGCUGUGAGUAGCUGCCAGAGAGCUCAAGAAAACAAGCAUUCAAGUGACUGUAUGGGGAUUCCAAGUGAGACAUCUACCCAAGAAGUUACAAACAAUGGCCAUGGACUAGUGCAGUUUUGUUCGGUUUCUUUGUCUAAAACAAACACAGCACAAGGACAAGGUUUUCCUAAAGGCAGCCCUGUUCCUGUAAGGAAUGCACCGCCAUCUAAAAUCUCAUUCCAUUCUAGGAGAGGAAGUGAAAAUAAAAAUACUCAUGUGACCAAACUUUCAUCUCCUCAAAGACACAUUUUACCAUCAAACUCUGGAGUAGGAACUCCCAAGGGAAGGCUUACUACUGUGAAGGCCUUAUCGGGAUCUUCAGCUAGUUCUGGCCUCAGUUCAAAGGUGCCCGUCAGAGAACCAGGACUUCGGAGAACCUCUAGCAUCUCUUCAGUCAGCAGCACUCAGAGUGACCAAAGCACUUUCAGCAAUAAGUCUACAAGUGCUACUAUUAUUAAGAACGGAGAAUGGGAUUCCAAAUCUGCAUGUCAGAAUGGUACUGCUGGAUCCAUCUCUCUAAAGCCAGUGCCCAGGCCACGAGUCCUUUCUCUGAAAAGCACACCGAAAGGAGCAAAAGGUAAAAUAGGCUUAGUGAACCAAUGUGCUCCCAAGUCGGCUGGAGUUCUUCCAGGGAAAAAAACAAGUGAUCUAAGAGGGAGUCAACGAUUAGGAUCUUCAGCGCAAAAUGGAUCCAGGCAUUUAUUUUCGGCAUUCAGCUCUGUUGGCCAGGGUAAACAGAAGAGUCCUAAGAAUUCGUGUCUACAGACCAGGACUUCUAAGGAAGUACAAGCAGAAACAAAAACGCAAGAGUUGACGCAAUACAAAAGAAAAUGUGAAAACCAAAGUGGAAUUAUCCAGCAGCUGAAGAAAUGUUUGGCAAACAGCAAUAGGAAAUUAGAAGUAUUAGCUCUUGUGAUCCAGCACUUUCACUCUGAGAGAGAAGAAGUGCUUUCCCAGCGUAAAGAGUUAUCACUAGAACUUCUCAACCUCCGUGGAGAUCUGGUCACUACUACCACUGCCUGUGAGAAAUUGGAGAAAGACCGAACUGAAUUGCAAGCAGCUUAUGAAGGGUUUGUGCAGAAGCUGAACCAACAGCACCAAAGUGAUGUAUUGGAAUUGGAAGAGCGGCUGAAACAGUUCUACACAGCUGAGUGUGAAAAACUUCAGAGUAUCUGCAUAGAAGAAGCUGAAAAAUACAAAGCACAACUUCAGGAGCAGGUUGACAACUUGAAUACAACACAUGAAAAUUUUAAGCUAGAACUUGAAACCAGUCAUGCAGAAAAGAUAGAAGAGUUGAAGAAGGAAUAUGAAUCUUCUUUUUCGGGACUCCAGGCUGUCCAUGAAUUAGAAAGAAAGUCACUUGAAGAAACUUUCCAUGAGAAACAAGAAGAAUUGGAGAAAACAAUAGCUGAAUUACAAAGUGAAAAUGAUUGCUUAAAUGAAAAGCUCAAGUUGGAAGAACAAAAACAAAUAGCCAAAGAAAAAGCAAACUCUAAAAAUCCUCAGAUUAUGUAUCUGGAACAAGAAUUGGAAAGUUUGAAAGCAGUAUUGGAAAUCAAGAAUGAGAAAUUACAUCAGCAAGAUAACAAACUAUUGAAGAUGGAAAAACUGGUGGAGAGCAACACUGCCCUGGUAGAGAAAAUGAGAAAAAUUCAACAGGAGAAUGAAGGAUUAAAAGCUCGGAUGGACAAACAUAUGGAACUUUCCAGGCAACUUUCCACUGAACAAGCAGUUUUGCAAGAAUCUUUGGAGAAAGAAUCCAAGGUAAAUAAACGCCUAUCGAUGGAAAAUGAAGAACUUUUGUGGAAGCUACACAACGGGGACCUUUGCAGUCCAAGAAAACUGUCCCCUGGUACUCCACCAAUGGCCUUUCAGUCACCAAGAAAUUCCAGCUCUUUCUCUAGUCCCACUGUGUCACCCAGAUGACACCACUGUGAAGAGACACUCUCCCUUCAAGCAUUUCCUUCACACACUGCAGAACUGAAAACAUGGAUUAAGGGAGCAAAAAGCUAUAAAAAUGCAGAUGUGCUUCACUGUGUCUGAAAUACAACUGGAAUGAACUGCAUUGAGAAAUAUCUAUAACAUGUUCAAGGUUCAGGAACAGGAAAUCCAACUAUGCUCCUCCUUGUUAAAGAAAAAGGACUUCAGAAAUAACUUCCCCAAAUGUUGUUGCACAAAGCACUUAAAGAACAAGAAAUAUCUUGUUCACUUUUGCCUUUUUCACCUAACUCUAGGGAAAAAUUGCUCAGGGGCUUAUAAAUAAAUGAUUGCAACCUUUAAUACUUUCCUCAUUAUAGAUAUGUUCUUGAGACUCUGGGUGUGCAUAAAUGACUUAGAUGCAGCAUACCGCCUUUGCCAUGUAUAUGAUGGAGGACAAACAGAAGAAAAUAGGGUCAUGUUCUUCAUGAAUAAAAUAUUCUCAUUAUGCAUGUUUUCUCAAAGUUUUUUCCCCUUUCUUGGGACUAAAGAAAAACUGCCACAUGUACUAUAUGUUCUCCGUUAUCUCUGUACUUCAGUUUAGUAAAUGAUUGAAAGGAGAUACUGUUUCUGUUUGGUUGUCUACUUGUUUCAUUGUGGAACGUAAUGAGUCUGAUCAUUUCCUUUCCAGGGAUAAUUACAUUGUCCAAAAUAUUAUUUUUCAUCUUCUCCACAUACAUGUCAGAAUUAAAUUGUUUUUCUCUAGCUAUAUUAUUUAGCCUUUACAAAGAACACACAUCAGCAUAGUAGAAAAUUCAAACAUACAGUAUCAGUAGCUACAGGGCCUUAUCUGACUCAAAAUAGAAGUGCUUCAGAGCUCAGGAGAAAAAAAUGCAGAUGUGCUUAUUUUAAAACGAGCAAGAGGCUGUAGAAAUGUACUAUGUUGCUUUGUAAUAUCCUGAACUGAUAAUUUAUCAAUGUGUAUAAUCGGUAAAUGCUAUAAGGAGCAAUCUGUUCACUACAUUCAUCAGUAACAGAUUUAUUAACAUUUCACCAUUGGCUGCAGAAUUCAUUACCCUGCGUUUCAUUUGAUAGGUUUUCUUUGACCACCUUGAAUUAAAUAAAAUCUGAUUGUUUUGUAAUAGAAAGAUACUUAUCUCUUGGGUAGCAUUUAAUUCUGCAUUGCAAAUUUAAAAUCAGCAUAGUGCAUGUCUGCUCUUGUAAAUGACUUGUUUUUAUUUUUGUGAGUUUUAAAAUCUCUUAUUUGUUGAAAUGAGCUCUAAUACAGUUAUAAAUUCUUUGCUUUCUGGUAUAGGUGGGAGUUUUAAGUCCUAUGUUUUGAUUUGUUAUCAUUAAUACAACCCAACAAUGAACUGAUAGUUCUUUGGUAUUUAGUGAUUAACUUUUAGUCUAACCUUGGCAAUGAUCUUUUAGAGAUAUUCUUUGUCCCUUUCAUAAAACUAAAGAAGGGGACCUUGAAUAAUCUUCUAUAAACAUGGAGAACAAAAUGUCAAAUUAGAUAUUUGUUUAGAAAGCAAAAUGCUGGUUUAAAGGGGGAAAGAUUUUAGUUAUUCUGUAAUUAUGGAAACAUAUUCUACUUGGUAAUAUGGAAAAUUCAAGGAUAAAAUAUUUUAAUUUUGCAUUGUAUAUGGAAUAUUUUACUUGCCCAAAGCCAUUUAAGGAACAGUACAUGCUGUUGUAGCUAGAGAUGCCAGCACUUCUAAAUAAACUGUUGUCCAGAGAUUGAUUUGCAUAACCAUUUGCUGUAGCCUGAAAUUUGGUUAGAAAUGUCUUGAAGCAAUCUUAUUUCUUUGGUAAGGUCACAUGUAUUGAUCACAUGUAUUGAGUGUUGAAAAUUAAAAUAAAUUUUUUACUGCU